CACGUUAACCCACAUCUACCCUAAGUAAGCCAUGUUCUACCACGUUAACCCACACCUACCCUAAGUUAGCCAUGUUCUACCACGUCUACGUUAACCCACAUCUACCCUAACUUAACCAUGUUCUACCACGUUAACCCACACCUACCCUAAGUUAACCAUGUUCUACCACGUUAACCCACAUCUACCAUAGGCUAGCCAUGUUCUACCACGUUAACCCACAUCUACCCUAAGUUAACCAUGUUCUACCACGUUAACCCACAUCUACCUUAAGUUAACCAUGUUGUACCACGUUAACCCACAUCUACCCUAAGUUAACCAUGUUCUACCACGUUAACCCACAUCUACCCUAAGUUAGCCAUGUUCUACCACGUUAACCCACAUCUACCCUAAGUUAGCCAGGUUCUACCACGUUAACCCACGUUUACCGUAAGUUAGCCAUGUCCUACCACGUUAACCCACGUCUACCCUAAGUUGACCAUGUUCUACUACGUUAACCCACAUCUACCCUAAUUUAACCAUGUUCUACCACGCUAACCCACCUCUACCCUAAGUUAACCAUGUUCUACCACGUUAACCCACAUCUACCCUAAGUUCACCAUGUUCUACCUCGUUAACCCACGUCUACCCUAAGUUAGCCAUGUUCUACCACGUUAACUCACGUCUACCUUAAGUGAACUAUGUUCUACCUCGUUCACCCUCCUCUACCCUAUGCUAACCAUGUUCUACCACGUUAACCCACAUGUACCCUAAGUUAGCCAUGUUCUACAACGUUAACCCACAUGUACCCUAAGUUAGCCAUGCUCUACCACGUUAACCCACAUCUACCCUAAGUUAGCCAUGUUCUACAACGUUAACCCACAUGUACCCUAAGUUAGCCAUGCUCUACCACGUUAACCCACAUCUACCCUAAGUUAGCCAUGUUCUACCACGUUAACCCACAUCUACCCUAAGUUAGCCAUGUUCUACCACGUUAACCCACAUGUACCCUAAGUUAGCCAUGUUCUACCACGUUAACCCACAUCUACCCUAAGUUAGCCAUGUUCUACCACGUUAACCCACAUCUACCCUAAGUUAGCCAUGUUCUACCACGUUAGCCCACAUCUACCCUAAGUUAACCAUGUUCUACCACGUUAACCCGCAUCUACCAUAAGUUAACCAUGUUCUACCACGUUAACCCCCAUCUACCCUAAGUUAACCAUGUUCUACCACGUUAACCCACAUCUACCCAAAGUUAGCCAUGUUCUACCACGUUAACCCACAUCUGCCCUGAGUUAGCCAUGUUCUACCACGUUAACCCCCAUCUACCUUACGUUAACCAUGUUCUACCACGUUAACCCACAUCUACCCUAAGUUAACCAUGUUCUACCACGUUAACCCACAUCUACCCUAAGUUAAGCAUGUUCUAUCACGUUAACUCACAUCUACCCUAAGUUAACCAUGUUCUACCACGUUAACCCACAUCUUCCCUAAGUUACCCAUGUUCUACCACGUUAACCCACAUCUACCCUAAGUUAACCAUGUUCUACCACGUUAACUCACUUCUACCCUAAGUUAACCAUGUUCUACCACGUUAACCCACAUCUACCCUAAGUUAGCCAUGUUCUACCACGUUAACCCACAUCUACCCUACAUUAGCCAUGUUCUACUACGAUAACCCACAUCUACCCAAAGUAAGCCAUGUUCUACCACGUUAACCCACAUCUACCAUAAGUUAGCCAUGUUCUACCACGUUAACCCCCAUCUACCCUAAGUUAACCAUGUUCUACCACGUUAACCCACAUCUACCCUUACUUAACCAUGUUCUACCACGUUAAUCCACAUCUACCCUAAGUUAGCCAUGUUCUACCACGUUAACCCACAUCUACCCUAAGUUAGUCAUGUUCUACCACAUUAACCCACAUCUCCCCUAAGUUAACCAUGUUCUACCACUUUAACCCACAUCUACCCUACAUUAGCCAUCUUCUACUACGAUAACCCACAUCUACCCAAAGUAAGCCAUGUUCUACCACGUUAACCCACAUCUACCAUAAGUUAGCCAUGUUCUACCACGUUAACCUACAUCUACCCUAAGUUAACCAUGUUCUACCACGUUAACCCACAUCUACCCUAAGUUAACCAUGUUCUACCACGUUAACCCACAUCUACCAUAAGUUAGCCAUGUUCUACCACGUUAAAUUGAAACCCUAAUCAGUUGUCAUGAGGGUGAAAGUGCAAGAACAUGCCGUGUCAGAGCAUGUGUGGGUGAACAAACUAAAACGAGAUUCACCCUGGGUAGGUUGGUUUAAACGGAGUAUGACCGAUUUAACUCGACGUAUAUGUCGGUCCACAAGAUAGUGCGAAGUUAAAAUGGGGCAGAUGACGGUAAAGGUGGUUAAACAUGGCUAACUUAGAGUAGAUGUGGGUUAACGUGGUAGAAAAUGGUUAACGUAGGGUUGAUGAGGGUCAACGUGGUAGAACGUGGCUAACUCAUAGUAGAUAACGAGGUUGAACAUGGCUAACUUAUUGUAGGUGUGGGUUAACGUGGCAGGACAUGGCUAACUAAGGGAAGAUGUGGGUGAACGUGGUGAAACAUGCUUAACUUAGGUUAGAUGUGGGUAAACGAGGUAAAACAUGGCUAACUUAGGGUAUAGGUGGAUGAACGUGGUAAAACAUGCUUAACAAAGGGUAGAUGUGGUUUAACGUGGUAGAACAUGGCUAAGUCAUGGUAGAUGUGGGUAAAUUUGGUAGAACAUGCUUAACCUAGGGUAGAUGUGGGUGAACGUGGUAGGACAUGGCUAACUUAGGGUAAAAGUCUGUCAACGUGGUAGAACAUGGCUAACCUAGGGUAGAUGUGGGUUCACGAGGUAAAACAUGCCUAACGAAGGGUAGAUGUGGAUUAACGUGGUACAACAUGGUUAACUUAGGGUAGAUGUGGGUUAACGUGGUACAACAUGGUUAACUUAAGGAAGAUGUGGGUUAACGUGGUAAAACAUGGCUAAUUUAGGGUAGAUGUGGGUGUACGUGGUACAACAUGGUUAACUUAGGGUAGAUGUGGGUUAACGUGGUAGAACAUGGUUAACUUAGGGUAGAUGUGGGUUAACGUGGUAGAACAUGGUUAACUUAGGGUAGAUGUGGGUUAACGAGGUACAACAUGCCUAACAAAGGGUAGAUGUGGGUUAACGUGGUAGAACAUGGUUAACUUAGGGUAGAUGUGGGUUAACGUGGUAGAACAUGGUUAACUUAGGGUAGAUGUGGGUUAACGUGGUAGAACAUGGUUAACUUAGGGUAGAUGUGGGUUAACGUGGUAGAACAUGGUUAACUUAGGGUAGAUGUGGGUUAACGUGGUAGAACAUGGUUAACUUAGGGUAGAUGCGGGUGAACGUGGUAGAACAUGGUUAACUUAGGGUAGAUGCGGGUUAACGUGGUAGAACAUGGUUAACGUAGGGUAAAUGCGGGUUAACGUGGUAGAACAUGGUUAACCUAAGGUAGAUGUGGAUUUACAUGGUAGAUCAUGGUUAACUUAGGGUAGAUGCGGGUUAACGUGAUAGAACAUGGUUACCUUAGGGUAGAUGCUGGUUAACGUGGUAGAACAUGGUUAAGUUAGGGUAGAUGUGGGGUAACGUGGUAGAACAGGGUUAACUUAGGGUAGAUGUGGGGUAACGUGGUAGAACAUGGUUAACUUAGGGUAGAUGCGGGUUAACGUUGUAGAACAGGGUUAACUUAGGGUAGAUGUGGGGUAACGUGGUAGAACAUGGUUAACUUAGGGUAGAUAUGGGUUAACGUGGCAGAACGUGGUUAACUUAGGGUAGAUGUGGUUUAACGUGGUAGAACAUGGCUAACUUAGGGUAGAUGUGGGUUAACGUGGUAGAACGUGGUUAACUUAGGGUAGAUGUGAGUUAACGUGGUAGAACAUGGCUAACUUAGGGUAGAUGCGGGUUAACGUGGUAGAACAUGGUUAAGUUAGGGUAGAUGCGGGUUAACGUGGUGGAACAUGGUUAAGUUAUGGUAGAUGCGGGUUAACGUGGUAGAACAUGGUUAACCUAGGUUAGAUGCGGAUUUACGUGGUAGAACAUGGUUAAUUUAGGGUAGAUGCGGGUUAACGUGGUAGAACAUGGUUAACUUAGGGUAGAUGGGGGUUAACGUGGUAGAAAAUGGUUAACUUAGGGUAGAUGCUCGUUAACGUGGUAGAACAUGGUUAACGUAGGGUAGAUGGGGGUUAACGUGGUAGAACAUGGUUACCUUAGGGUAGAUGCUCGUUAACGUGGUAGAACAUGGUUAACCUAGGUUAGAUGCGGGUUAACGUGGUAGAACAUGGUUAACUUAGGGUAGAUGCAGGUUAACGUGGUAGAACAUGGUUAAUUUAGGGUAGAUGUGGGUUAACGUGGUAGAACAUGGCUAACUUAGGGUAGAUACGGGUUAACGUCUUAGAACAUGGUUAACUUAGGGUAGAUGCGGGUUAACGUUUUAGAACAUGGUUAACUUAGGGUAGAUGCGGGCUAACGUGGUAGAACACGGUUAACUUAGGGUAGAUGCGGUUAACGUGGUAGAACAUGGUUAAGUUAAGGUAGAUGCGGGUUAACGUGGUAGAACAUGGUCAACUUAUGGUAGAUGCGGGUAAACGUGGUAGAACAUGGUUAACUCAGGGUAGAUGCGGGUUAACGUGGUAGAACAUGGUUAACUUAGGGUAGAUGCGGGUUAACGUGGUAGAACAUUGUUAACUUAGGGUAGAUGCGGGUUAACGUGGUAGAACAUGGUUCACUUAGGGUAGAUGCGGGUUAACGUGGUAGAACAUGGUUAACAUAGGGUAGAUGCGGGUUAACGUGGUAGAACAUGGUUAACUUAGGGUAGAUGCGGGUUAACGUUUUAGAACAUGGUUAACUUAGGGUAGAUGCGGGCUAACGUGGUAGAACACGGUUAACUUAGGGUAGAUGCGGUUAACGUGGUAGAACAUGGUUAAGUUAAGGUAGAUGCGGGUUAACGUGGUAGAACAUGGUCAACUUAUGGUAGAUGCGGGUAAACGUGGUAGAACAUGGUUAACUCAGGGUAGAUGCGGGUUAACGUGGUAGAACAUGGUUAACUUAGGGUAGAUGCGGGUUAACGUGGUAGAACAUGGUUAACUUAGGGUAGAUGCGGGUUAACGUGGUAGAACAUGGUUAACUUAGGGUAGAUGCGGGUUAACGUGGUAGAACAUGGUUAACAUAGGGUAGAUGCGGGUUAACGUGGUAGAACAUGGUUAACUUAGGGUAGAUGCGGGUUAACGUGGUAGAACAUGGUUAACUUAGGGUAGAUGCGGGUUAACGUGGUAGAACAUGGUUAACGUAGGGUAGAUGCGGGUUAACGUGGUAGAACAUGGUUAACCUAGGGUAGAUGUGGAUUUACGUGGUAGAUCAUGGUUAAGUUAGGGUAGAUGGGGGUUAACGUGGUAGAACAUGGUUAACUUAGGGUAGAUGCGGUUAACGUGGUAGAACAUGGUUAACUUAGGGUAGAUGUGGGUUAACGUGGUAGAACAUGGUUAACUUAGGGUAGAUGCGGGUUAACGUGGUAGAACAUGGUUAAGUUAGGGUAGAUGCGGGUUAACGUGGUGGAACAUGGUUAAGUUAGGGUAGAUGCGGGUUAACGUGGUAGAACAUGGUCAACCUAGGUUAGAUGCGGAUUUACGUUGUAGAACAUGGUUAAUUUAGGGUAGAUGCGGGUUAACGUGGUAGAACAUGGUUAACUUAGGGUAGAUGCGGGUUAACGUGGUAGAACAUGGUUAACGUAGGGUAGAUGGGGGUUAACGUGGUAGAAAAUGGUUAACUUAGGGUAGAUGCGGGUUAACGUGGUAGAACAUGGUUACCUUAGGGUAGAUGCUCGUUAACGUGGUAGAACAUGGUUAACCUAGGGUAGAUGCGGGUUAACGUGGUAGGACAUGGUUAACUUAGGGUAGAUGUGGGUUAACGUGGUAGAACAUGGUUAACUUAGGGUAGAUGCUGGUUAACGUGGUAGAACCUGGUUAACUUAGGGUAGAUGCAGGUUAACGUGGUAGAACAUGGUUAAUUUAGGGUAGAUGUGGGUUAACGUGGUAGAACAUGGUUAACUUAGGGUAGAUACGGGUUAACGUCUUAGAACAUGGUUAACUUAGGGUAGAUGUGGGUUAACGUUUUAGAAGAUGGUUAACUUAGGGUAGAUGCGGGCUUACGUGGUAGAACACGGUUAACUAAGGGUAGAUGCGGGUUAACGUGGUAGAAGAUGGCUAACUUAGGGUAGAUGCGGGUAAACGUGGUAGAACCUGCUUAACGUAGGGUACAUGCGGGUUUACGUUGUAGAACAAGGCUAACUUAGGGUAGAUGGGUGUUAACAUGGUAGAACAUGGUUAACUUAGGGCUGAUAUGAGUUAACGUGGUAAAACAUGGCUAACUUAGGGUAGAUGCGGGUAAACGUGAUAGAACAUGGUUAACUUAGGGUAGAUGCGGGUUAACGUGGUAGAACAUGGUUAACGUAGGGUAGAUGGGGGUUAACGUGGUAGAAAAUUGUUAACUUAGGGUAGAUGCGGGUUAACGUGGUAGAACAUGGCUAACCUAGGUUAGAUGCGGGUUAACGUGGUAGAACAUGGUUAACUUAGGGUAGAUGCAGGUUAACGUGGUAGAACAUGGUUAAUUUAGGGUAGAUGUGGGUUAACGUGGUAGAACAUGGUUAACUUAGGGUAGAUACGGGUUAACGUCUUAGAACAUGGUUAACUUAGGGUAGAUGCGGGUUAACGUUUUAGAACAUGGUUAACUUAGGGUAGAUGCGGGCUAACGUGGUAGAACACGGUUAACUUAGGGUAGAUGUGGGCUAACAUGGUAGAACAUGGCUAACUCAGGGUAGAUGCGGGUUAAUGUGGUAGAACAUGGCUAAUUUAGGGUAGAUGCGGGUUAACGUGGUAGAACAUGGUUAACUCAGGGUAGAUGGGGGUUAACGUGGUAGAACAAGGCUAACUUAGGGUAGAUUGGAGUUAACAUGGUAGAACAUGGUUAACUUAGGGCUGAUGUGAGUUAACGUGGUAGAAGAUGGUUAACUUAGGGUAGAUGCGGGGUAACGUGGUAGAACAUGGUUAAUUUAGGGUAGAUGUGGGUUAACGUUUUAGAACAUGGUUAGCUUAGGGUAGAUACGGGUUAACGUCUUAGAACAUUGUUAACUUAGGGUAGAUGCGGGUUAACGUCUUAGAACAUGGUUAACUUAGGGUAGAUGCGAGCUAACGUGGUAGAACACGGUUAACUUAGGGUAGAUGUGGGCUAACAUGGUAGAACAUUGCUAACCUAGGGUAGAUGCGGGUUAACGUGGUAGAACAUGGCUAACUUAGGGUAGAUGCGGGUAAACGUGGUAGAACCUCCUUAACGUAGGGUAGAUGCAGGUUAACGUUGUAGAACAAGGCUAACUUAGGGUAGAUGGGGGUUAACAUGGUAGAACAUGGUUAACUUAGGGCUGAUGUGAGUUAACGUGGUAAAACAUGGCUAACUUAGGGUAGAUGCGGGUAAACGUGGUAGAACAUGGUUAACUUAGGGUAGAUGCGGGUUAACGUGGUAGAACAUGGCUAACUUAGGGUAGAUGCGGGUAAACGUGGUAGAACAUGGCUAACUUAGUGUAGAUGCGGGUAAACGUGGUAGAACAUGGUUAACUUAGGGUAGAUGCGGUUAACGUGGUAGAACAUGGUUAACUUAGGGUAGAUGUAGGUUAACGUGGUAGAACAUGGUUAAGUUAGGGUAGAUGCGGGUUAACGUGGUAGAACAUGGUUAACUUAGGGUAGAUGCGGAUUUACGUGGUAGAACAUGGUUAACUUAGGGUAGAUGCGGGUUAACGAGGUAGAACAUGGUUAACUUAGGGUAGAUGCGGGCUAACGUGGUAGAACAUGGCUAACCUGGGGUAGAUGUGGGUUAACGUGGUACAACAUGGUUAACUUAGGGUAGAUGCGGGUUAAGGUGGUAGAACGUAUUCUGUCGUAUGAAAAAGCAACGCAGCUGUACUUGGAAGGGAAAGCUGGGAAAGUUAGAGGUAUUAUGAUAGUAUGAGCACAAUUUCUUUUAAUAAUGAAUGCCAUUGCCAAUUAUCUUUUAUUAAGACCUGAGUUUGGGAAGUAACCCUAUUCUCAAAAACUUGUGUUUGAUAAAGAUAGAAGUUGAUGUUUGUAAUAUUUAGGAGACUGUUUUAACAAGGAGGAGAAAGAUGGAUUCAACUCUUUGCAAAGUACAGUAUAUUAAGUUGAAAUCAAUAAUCAGUGUAUGCCAGUAGCAAGACACAGUUAAAUGUACUUUUUUUGUUUCCACUCACUAACACAGCAUAAUAAUUUCUUCAGGAACCACAUGUACUGAUUCUCAUUUUGAUGGGUAGGAGCAUUUGAGCAAUUGUGACUUUGUUGCUGUGAAGUGCCCCAAAGGGUGUGGAAAAGAAAUGCAGAGGAAGGAUCUUAAAGAGCAUCUGGAGAAAGAAUGUCCCAACAGGACAAAACCUUGCAAACACCGCAAAAAAGAGAUAAAGUGGAAUGAAUUAGAGGUUUGUCUUGCUUGCAAUGGCAGGAUAAAGGGGCCUAAUCUUAGAGCUAGAUUGAGGCCUGCGUAGCCCUAGCACUGAUAGAGAAGUUGCUUUCCAAAAUGUUUUGUCAGAGAAAACUACAUCAAUCACCUGAGUACAGAGAGAAAAUAGAGAUUUAUUGAAUUGCUUUCAUUAUUUUAAGAUGAAGGUGUUGAUUCUCUAAUCGCAGAUUAGUUAAAAAUUCUAGCCACAAGGGGCAAACCAACUGGCUAUUUAAUGUAUGGAGCAAGCAAAGAGUUGAAUUAGGGACAACCAAGAACAAGUCCAUAGAGUGGUACAGAGAAGAAUGUAAAUCUCAGGAACUCUAGAUUGCGAAUUGAACACUCUUAUUGUUCAACAAUUGCUGUAUCCUGAAAGGUCCAAAACUUGCAACAAUUAUGGUAACGAUGACAGUUUGAGUUUGACUAGAGUUGAUAUACCAGCAAAAAGAUUUUUUAAAGUUCAUUAGCGAUCCCAAUUACAAUAGUUUUAAUAGUGACCCCCGUCCCUAAAAGUUCAGCUUGGAAAUGUGUGGAAAAAGAACUAAAUUGUACUCACAAGGUUGAAAUUUUCCAAUAGUUACUUGUUUCCGUUGACAUGUGAUUAUAACAUAAUUAGGGCACUUUCUUGAGUCAUUCUCAAAAAUAUUCUCCUUCGUUUUCAGGACCAUUAUGAGGAGUGUCCUAAAUUCCCUGUGGAAUGUGAUAGCCGCAAGAAAGAAAACAUACCGAGAAGACAGGUGAGUAGAAACGUGAAAGAUGAUUAACUCUCUACUAGAUUUAUCUGAGUUCAUUUGUUGCAACCAGUGUUUUUCUUCAACUCAAAUCUUCUAACUUUCACUCAUUUACUACAUUCUAUGUAUCAGCAUUUCUUUUUCUUAAGAAGAGUGACCUAGCUUGACCUAUUUCACUCAAAACAUUGCUUAUAUCCAUUCCUUCUGCAAUAAUAUUUGCCAUGUACAAAUAUGUACAUCUGUUAAAGAAAAAGAAAAUGUGGCCUCUCCUAAGAGCCCCUUUGACUGAAAAGUAAACUCCAAUGAACUGACUGGUGUAAAACCUAACCUAUUUUAACAGAGGCAUUUAUGAGAACUAUCGUUAAGGCUUAGUGCAUACAAUGUCAUACAAUGUUAAUGAAUAAGUGAGUCUUCAUGAUGCAUGUGGCAACAAGUUGUGUUGCUCUGCUUUUUUGAAAACAAUUCCCCAAAUACAAAAUAAUUGCAGCUGUAUUAUAUGAUAUAACAACACUCUUCUUUGGCAAUUGAUGCUAUAAUAUUAAAAACAAUUGCACACAAUAACCAACCAUUAGAGGCUUUUGUAUCAUGCUCAUUUUUUUUUUCUUUUGCCAUUUUCGCCAUAUUUGCCAUUUUUGUCAAAUUGCCAUCUUUACCAAAAUGUUUUUAUCGCUAUUUUUGCCUAAUUUUCCAUUUUUGCCAUAUUCGCAGCUUUCUACUCCAGAUAACUCAAGCAGGACUCAAACUCGGCGCGAGGAGGUGGGCGAAUUGUGUCGUAAGGUAGCCGAGUUAAAAACAAUUGCACACAAUAACCAAUCAUUAGAGGCUUUUGCAUCAUGCUCAUUUUUUUUCUUUUGCCAUUUUCGCCAUGUUUGCCAAUUUUGUCAAAUUGCCAUCCUUACCAAAAUGGUUUUAUGGCCAUUUUGCCUAAUUUUCUAUUUUUGCCAUAUUCGCAGCUUUCUACUCUACAUUUGUCAAACAGGACUCAAACUCGGCGCGAGGAGGUGGACGAAUUGACGCGCACGGUAGCCGAGUUACGCAAUAGAACACGUCAUUUCGAGAGGCAGCUAGAGGAGACUGGUAUGAGACAGGAAAAUCAGAUCCGAGAUUUGACUUUCAGGUUAGCAGUAAAUUAUGCAUUUGAAUUUUCCACUAAGCGCAUGAUUGCGUUGUACUAAUUAUAUUAUGUACGAUUAAUAUGUAUUAAUCGUACAUAUAAAUAUAGUACUAAAGAGGAGAGGGGUAUAUCUCGGUUGCAUGAUUCUUGUGGUGAAAAAGAACCUAUUCCUUUUUGGAGAACAGAACAGAUAUUUGCACAGUUUAUAAUAUUUAAUUAGAUAGCCAUUAUAAAAAACUGAUUCUGACUGGUCCAAACGAGUUAAUUAUGUCUCCCUAAAACAUGCAGCCUACGUCGGAAGAGAAUGCAUUACAGCGCAACGUAUGCUUGCAACCCACGUCACAAGAAAACAUAGUGCAACAUUCGCACGCAAGUUACGUCACAAGAAUACAUUAUAUUGCAACAUGUGCACGCAAGUUACGUCAAAUAAAGUUGGCGUUGGCGUUGGCGCUGUGCAUUUCCUUUUAAGUUGACUCGGAAUAUGAGUAAUUAAACAGAAUUCAGUGAAUCAAUUAGAAGACUUGAAAUGCAACAUUCGGAGUUUGAAAUUUAAUAAAUACAUGUAACCACUCUAAAUGAUGAAAAUGCACUCGGCGUCCCAUAACCGAAGAACAAAGAAACGAACUUUUCCUUCAUGUGAAAGCGAAAGCUACCAACAAUUCAAGCAACCGGCUUGUGAAAGUUUUUAAAGGUAUCGAGGUACACAAUUAGACAAAUUAUAUUUAAAUAAUUUCUUGAUGCCUUACUUAAAGUUCCCAAACCCGAUUGGAGUUAAUUACAAACGGCAAACAACAUCUAGUAAGAAGGCAAAGCCUCAAGGCCUGAGCAAGCGCACGUAGCAUGUCAACGCAAUAUCUUGCAACAUUAUUGGACCGUGUUGUGAGAUGUUGAGAAGGAGCUAGCCAAACGCGCGCAACAUCUUACAGCAUCCAACUUUCAACUUGAUCCAACACCAUCCACUAUCUUGCUAGGUGGCCAACACGUUGCGCGCAACAAUGUUGCAAAAUGUUGUAAAAUGUUGCGUUGAAAUGUUGUGUGGAUUUGGCCGGGCAUUUACAUCAAAGCUCUUAAGCAAAGCCCCACUCUCCUAUUUUCCUCAAGAUAUUGCUCUUUUGGGAUCUCGACUUGCUAGUGUUUGAUGGAUAAUUCUUGUUAUUACUUCAGAUUCAACAGAUGUGUAACGAAAUCGUCAGAGGUUGAGGGGCGUUUGUGUAACGGAGCAUAUAUUUGGAAGAUCGAUAACUAUCGACAAUACCGCCAAGAUGCCCUCAGUGGGGUGAUGACAGCAAUCCACAGCCCAUCCUUCUACACCAGUGUUUACGGCUACAAAUUGUAUAUGAGGAUCAACUUGAACGGUGUGGAUAGCGGUGUUGGAAAACACGUGGCGCUGUUUGUUCAUAUGAUGCAGGGAGAUUAUGACAGCAUUCUGGAAUGGCCCUUUACGGGAAGAAUUGCUCUGUCCAUUUUGGAUCAGUCUGAUGGUGCUGAAUACCGUCACCACAUCAGUGAGACCCUGGUGGCUAAGCCUAACCUGUUGGCUUUCCAAAGACCCACAGCACCGCGCAACUACAAGGGGUAUGGAUAUGUUGAGUUUGCACCAAUUGAGGCGAUCCGCGAGCCGCAGUAUGUCAGGAAUAAUACCAUGCUGGUGCGGAUACAAAUUUUUCAGUAA